AUGGAAGCGCGCGUAGGGAUGGUGAUGGAAGGGGGGAAGAGAACCCUCAACACCGACGGCGGCGCUGCCAGGUUCCUGGCUCAGAACAGCCACCAGCUCGGCACGCUGCAUCAGCUUCUCGCCGGCGGCAUCUCCGGCGCGUUUAGCAAAACCUGCACUGCCCCCCUUGCGCGCCUCACUAUCCUGUUUCAGGUGCAAGGUAUGCAUUCUGAUGUGGCAGCAUUGAGCAAUCCUAGUGUAUGGAGGGAGGCAUCGCGCAUUAUUAAUGAAGAAGGGUUUAGAGCAUUUUGGAAAGGCAAUAUGGUGACCAUUGCUCAUCGUCUCCCUUAUUCUUCUGUCAACUUCUAUGCCUAUGAACGCUACAAGAAUGUAAUCACUGGCCUAUUAAAUUCACUGAUGGGGGAGAGUCGUAAGGGAGAUUCAAGUACAAACCUCCUUGUGCACUUUGUGGGUGGUGGUUUGGCAGGUAUAACAGCUGCUUCUGCCACAUAUCCUUUGGAUCUUGUGAGGACACGACUUGCAGCACAGAGAAGUACCAUGUACUACCAGGGCAUCUCACAUGCUUUCAGUACCAUCUGUAGAGAUGAAGGUUUGUUGGGUCUGUAUAAGGGGCUUGGAGCAACAUUGUUGGGUGUCGGACCCAGUAUAGCCAUUAGUUUUUCUGUUUAUGAGUGGUUGCGUUCUGUAUGGCAAUCACAAAGGCCUGAUGAUUCUACUUCUAUGGUUGGUCUUGCCUGUGGCAGUCUGUCAGGAAUUGCAUCAUCAACAGCAACAUUUCCUUUGGAUCUUGUAAGGCGUAGGAUGCAAUUAGAGGGUGCUGGCGGUCGAGCUCGUGUCUAUAACACUGGCUUGUUUGGUGCAUUUGGGCAUAUAAUUCAAACCGAAGGGGUUCGAGGUUUGUACAGAGGAAUUCUGCCUGAGUACUAUAAGGUUGUUCCAAGUGUGGGCAUUGUCUUUAUGACUUAUGAAACAUUGAAGAUGCUUCUAUCAGGCAUUCCUAGUUAG